AUGGCAACUUUGCUGAGGGAGAUGAAAAAGGCUUGCUUUGCUGUGCGUAGGUGGACGGCAAAGAUCAUGCUCGACCAAUUACAACGAUCUCUUGAUGAGUGCAAUACACAAAGAGAUGCAGAUGAAGAACCGAAAAAAAGGAAAGCUAAGUGUGCAAACGAAGAUGUAGUGGCAAAACCGUAUGUACCAGAAAAACCCAAAAAAAAGGGGAUGGAAGUACACCAAGGUAUAUUAGUUCUUGAACACCCAAAGAAGGUGGAAAACGAAAAUGAGCCGGAGAACGUGGAGCAGUUACAAACUCCUGAGAGGAAUAAUCAGGAACAUAAAAAGAAGAAGAAAAAGAACGAAGAAAAGGCGAGAACCCCCCAGAUUCCUCCAGGACAUUCCAACUAUGGGAAGGAACAAGAUGGGAAAGGUAAAAGUCCAAGCAAACCUGCAUGCGAAAAACUAAAACCCGACAAGAAAAAAGGAGCACAAAAAACACCACAAAAGGAGGUUCCUAAGCCAGGAUCCAAGACACCGCAAAAACGCAAACAUUAG